AUGGUACUGUCGUUCUGUAGACUCUUUCUUGAACUGAAGAUAAUGAAGGUUUACGUACUGAAGCUGUUAUUAGACGUUUUGGAUGGACUGGAAAUCUUAACCGCAAUGAAUCACGUGAUUAAUGAGGACACCUUAAGGGAGAAGGCGGAGGCCGAGACCACCACAACUCCAUCACCUUCAUCGGCUAGUCUCUACUGUACUGUGGAGACCAAUGAUGAGGAACACGAAGAUCCGAUGGAAUUCUAUAAAAUAAGGAACAGAUAUAAUAUGCAAUAUCGUUGGAAUGAAAAAUUCAAUGAAGAUUCCAAAGCGAUCGAUAAAUUACUUGAAGAGUACGAUAGAGAUAAUGACGGCUUUAUUUCAUACACCGAGUAUAUUAUGGCCAAAAGACAAAGACAUUAAUAUAAUUAAUAGUAUUUAAUAAUCACUUGCGAUCUAAACAAAUAAAAUAAUUCACACAACGAUUCCGUUU